AUGUUGGAUUGCUGGUUGGAAUCAGUCUCCUACCUCCCAUCUUUCCUAGACGAUCCCAACGAUCUCAACUCCUACCAAUGGAUUUCCGGUUGGAAUCAGGCCGACGAAUUCGCGGCAACAAUGGCAGCGGCUGCAACUCCUCCUCAAAGCCUUCUUCUUCCCCCUACCAAUAACAGUACAUUCCAAAAUUACUCCACCUCCCUUCUGACUCAACCUGAGAACCCGAUCAAAUUCGAUCAUCCAACGCCACAGCCAACGAUCUCCAACCCCCCACCGAAGAAGCGCAAAUUGCCCGAUUCGCCCGCUCCGAGACCCGCCCCGAUCAGCAACCCGAAGAAAAGCCAGAGCUUUGUCGACGAUCAGCAUGAGGAUUCUGCUAUCCCAGCAGCAGCCGGCGGCGGCGGCGGAAGGAGGGCGAGCGGAGGGAAGAAAGGCGGGAAGCAGAGUCAGGGGAGCGGGAGUAAUAACAAGGACGGGAGCAACAAGGAAGGGAGGUGGGCAGAGCAGCUCCUGAAUCCCUGCGCCGCCGCCAUCGCCGCCGCCAACUUCUCCCGCGUCCAGCACCUGCUCUACGUCCUCCACGAGCUCUCCUCCCUCACCGGAAGCGCCAACCACCGCCUCGCCGCCUACGGCCUCCGAUCCCUCACCCACCACUUAUCCCCUGCUUCUCCCCCGCCGCCGGCGACGGCGGCCGGGUCCAUCACGUUCGCCACGACGGAGCCCAAAUUCUUCCAGAAAUCGCUGCUGAAAUUCUACGAGGUCAGCCCCUGGUUCUCGUUUCCGAACAAGAUCGCCAACGCGUCGAUCCUCCAAAUCCUCGGUCAAGAAACCGAUCCGUUGCGAAACCUUCACAUCCUCGACAUCGGCGUUUCCCACGGCGUCCAGUGGCCGACCCUGCUCGAAGCUCUCACCCGCCGCACCGGCGGGCCGCCGCCGCUGGUGAGAAUCACUCUAUUGACCGCCGCCGCCAUGGAAACCAACCAGAUCGGAGAAACCCCGUUCUCGAUCGGACCUCCGGGGGACAAUUUCGCCACCAGGCUGCUCUGUUUCGCCAAAUCGAUGAACAUAAACCUGCAGAUCAACCGCCUCGACAACCGCCCGUUGCAAACCCUAAAUCCCCAAAUCAUCGACACGAAUCACGAGGAAACCCUAAUCGUGUGCGCCCAAUUCCGCCUCCACGGGCUGAGCCACAACAAUCCCGACGAGAGAACAGAGUUUCUGAAGACCCUGAGGCGAUUGGAGCCCAAGGGAGUGGUUCUGAGCGAGAACAACAUGGAUUGCAGCUGCAACGGGUGCGUGGAUUUCCCGACGGGGUUUUCUCGGAGAGUGGAGUACCUGUGGCGGUUCUUGGACUCGACGAGCUCGGCGUUCAAAGGGAGGGAGAGCGAGGAGAGGAGGAUGAUGGAAGGGGAAGCGGCGAGGGCGCUCGUGAGAGGUGGAGGUGGGGAGAUGAAGAACGAGAGGAAGGAGAAGUGGUGCGAGAGGAUGAGAGGGGUUGGGUUCUGCGGGGAAGGGUUUGGGGAAGACGCCAUUGAUGAAGCUCGAGCUCUGCUGAGGAAGCACGAUGGGAAUUGGGAGAUGAGGGUGGAGGAGAGGGAUGGGUUCGUGGGGUUGUGGUGGAAAGGGCAGCCGGUGUCGUUCUGCUCGCUGUGGAAGCUGGAAGAAGGCGGCGGCGACGGGGAGUGA